ACAGUAUUUGGCGGUGGUCCAAAGACACUGAGUAAUUUCUCAUAAAAGAAGUGGACGGGAGCACGGUCGUGGUACUUGCGCUGGAGCUGAUGAGGCGAAGCAACAGGGCCAGAGGGGAUUUAUGAGGUUUUUCAUUUCAUAUCCUCGUUGUCGCAAUAAAUAUAAGCAGCAGCUGCUGCUGAUACAGACAUACACACACAUUUAUAUAUAUAUAUAUAUAUAUAUAUAUAUAUAUAUAUAUAUAUAUAUAUAUAUAUAUAGAAAGAGAGAGAGAGAGAGAGAGAGAGAGAGAGAGAGUGAGAGUGAAAAGGAGUUCUAGAGAGAGAGAGAGAGAGAGAUGGAGGAAGAAGAGAAGGGGGAGGAGGAGGAGGUGCUGGGUUCGAGCUUGACGAUGGAUCGGGUGGCGGCGGCCAAGCAAUACAUAGAGAAUCACUACAGAGCUCAGAUGAAGAACAUCCAAGAGCGAAAAGAGAGGCGAUGGGUGUUAGAGAGGAAGUUGGCUUCUUCAGAUGUGCCCAAGGAGGAACAGUUAAAUCUGAUCAAGGAUUUAGAGCGGAAAGAGACCGAGUUUAUGAGGCUUAAAAGGCACAAGAUAUGUGUUGAGGAUUUUGAGCUUCUGACCAUCAUUGGAAGAGGCGCGUUUGGUGAGGUUCGGUUGUGUCGGGAAAAAAAAUCCGGCCAUAUAUAUGCAAUGAAGAAGCUGAAGAAAUCUGAAAUGCUCAGCAGAGGACAGGUGGAACAUGUCAGAGCUGAGCGAAACUUGCUGGCAGAAGUGGCCAGUCACUGCAUAGUAAAACUGUACUACUCAUUCCAAGAUGCAGAGUACUUGUAUCUAGUUAUGGAAUAUCUGCCUGGUGGUGACAUAAUGACCCUGCUGAUGAGAGAAGACACAUUAACUGAAAAUGUUGCUAAGUUUUAUAUUGCUCAAAGUGUCCUGGCUAUAGAGUCCAUUCACAGACACAACUACAUUCACAGAGAUAUUAAACCUGAUAACCUUCUCCUGGACAUUAAUGGUCACAUGAAACUCUCAGAUUUUGGUCUUUGCAAGCCACUCGAUUGUAGAACUUUAUCGACUCUCAAAGAAAAUGAACCCAUGGAUGAUGAAAAUUUGAGGGAACCGAUGGACAUUGAUUCAUGUAUUCCUGAUGCGGAUAAUGGAAGUCAUUGGAGAAGUCCUCGUGAACAGCUUCAACAUUGGCAGAUGAACAGGAGGACUCUGGCAUUUUCAACAGUGGGCACACCAGACUAUAUUGCCCCGGAGGUACUUCUGAAGAAGGGAUAUGGAAUGGAGUGUGACUGGUGGUCCUUAGGCGCAAUCAUGUAUGAGAUGCUCGUUGGCUACCCCCCAUUUUACUCUGAUGACCCUAUAACAACUUGUCGGAAGAUUGUUCACUGGAGAAACCAUGUAAAAUUUCCAGAAGAUGCAAAGUUGACACCUGAGGCAAAGGAUCUCAUCUGUCGGUUGCUAUGUGAUGUUGAGCACAGACUUGGUACUGGAGGAGCAAACCAGAUCAAGGCGCAUCCUUGGUUCAAGGAUAUUGUAUGGGAUCAACUAUACGAAAUGGAGGCAGCAUUUAAACCAGAAGUUAAUGGGGAAUUAGACACCCAGAACUUUAUGAAGUUUGAUGAAUUGGAUACUCAUAUACCACCAAGAAUUGGCUCGGGACCCUCACGUAAGAUGCUAUUAACUCCAAGAGAUUUAAGUUUUGUGGGUUAUACAUACAAGAACUUUGAUGCUGUCAAAGCACUACGUAAUUCACCAGAUGUUACAAGAAGUACAUCCCCAAACCGGCCAUCAUCCCCUGAUGUUAUAUUCAGUGAUCCCAAGGCAGACUAUACAACAAGAGGGAGAUCCGAGGAAACAGAUGUGGAGAUGUACUGUGAUGCAGUGUUGCCAUAAACAUAAACCGGACAUCUGGAUGGUUGCACAACCCCUUUUAUUUUAUGGUGGGUUGGCAUGCAUCUUCCAGAUACUGUAACCUAAGUGUAUAGAAGUUUUGGGACACUUCAUAAUAGCUCGAUGACGAUCGGGUGGUUAGAAAUGUGAUACUUUUCAGUUCCCCGGUAGAAACUAUUGGUGUAAUAGAACGUAGAGCAAGGAAAUGUGGGAUUUGUGUCCUGGCUGCCCAGGUUGGCAGGAGAGAGCUUGCCUUCUCUCGUGGCAGUUUCUGGUCAGACUUUUAAUGGGUGAACUACUGAUAUAUUUGAUGCCUGUUUCCAUAGGAGAGACCCUUUGUCGUGUGAGAUUUUGCAGGCAGAACUCUAGAAACAAUUUCUAAUUCUGGAAGCAUUUUUACCGAAGUAUUUUUAAGUGGAUUCAUUUUAAUUUGUGACAAUUAAAUUAUGUGUAUUGAUGGAAAAUUUUAGGAGCUA